AUGGACCCCCUCUUGGCAAACCUCAGUGAGCUGUGGGGGACGGGGGCGCUGGUGAGCCUCUUUAGGAACCCUAACCAUACAGAGAGUGGAUCUGCAGGCCCUGGGGCUGACCAAGCCCUGGCUCCUCUCUGCACUGUCUGCUGCUGUGGACUGCUAAACCGUACUCUGGCUGUGGUGUUCAUGGUUACUUUGGCCUUCGCCAUCGUUGUUGGCAACGUGGUCACGCUUACCGUCUUCAUGCAGACACGCCAAUCCCGCACACCCCAAGGCUACCUCAAAGUGUCUCUGGCUAUUGCUGACAUGAUGGUUGGUGUCCUGGUGGUGCCUUUCUCCAUCUACACUGAGAUCUCUCUCAUGGUGACCAGUGCACCACCUGCGUGGUACCAAGGGGGAUCCCCAGCCUCAAAGGGAGGGAUGUUCGGACCCUGGCAGCCUUGCAUGCUGAUUGGUCCAGUGUUUGCUGGCUGUACCUUUGUCUCUAUCAGCACCAUAUUUCUGAUGACGGUGGAGCGGAGUGUGGCCAUCCUGAGACCUCUUCACAAAGACACGCUGGUGACACGGCGCCGGACACUCUUCCUUAUCCUCCUUUCCUGGGCUGGCAGCUUCCUUUUGGCAAUGGCACCACUUAUCCUCAGUGACAACUUCACGCUGGAGUACAAUGAAUGCAGUCGUAUGUGUAACUAUGCUCCACUGUGGGACGGAUCCCAACUGCCCCCUGACGCCAACAUUUUACUGCUCUUUCCUGCCUUUGACUUCACACUUCUGGGUGGUACUCUUGCUGUUAAUAUCUUGUCCUUCACCAGCAUCCAACGAUACACGCGCAAACGCAAACUCCUCUCAGAGGGCAGUCUUGGGCCAGAGGCGGGAGGUGGCUGCCAACACAGACCUUCCUUUUCAGACAUUAAAGCAGCUAAGACCAUUGGCAUACUGACAUUUGCCUUCACCGCUUCCUUCUCUCCCAUUGCAGUGUUUGUUCUGGGUAACGUGGUGGGCUACACCUGGUGUAACUUCUCUUUCUUUGCUUUCUGGAUCCUGACGUCCAACAGUUGCUGUAACGUGAUUAUUUAUAGCGUGAGGGACCAGCGUUUUAGGAAAGGCGUGACACUGCUCUUUCAUAGGGACAGGUCACCCCCUCACUCUGAGAAGAGUUAA